AUGAUAAAUAAAAAUCAUCCACCGUACCGAAAAGUGGAAAGUCGUUUGGCGAGUGGGAUCACAUACCAGCCCAAAAGUGGACCUUCGAAGCUUUGUUGCAGAGUAUUUCUUGUGGGAAAGGUAAACACCAAAGGAGGAACUAAGCGUGUUAGUUUUCCAAACACAAAACGUCCCCAGCUGCUGUUACUCCAAACUAUCCCUAGGGGUACGAGAUCGGACGCGACAAAAGGAGUUGUAGAGAAUGGAAUCAAAACGGGAACCGUCACAGACGUCGAUAAAGAUUCCACAAAACGUUUUUCACCGUGGUACAAACCUAAGGAGAGAAACGAUCGUAAGGCUGAAGAAUCAAACAAUUGUUACAACUUCGCCAAUGACAAGAAAACGAACACUUUUGCACAACCAGGAUGAGCAGGAGGUGAACCCCUUGAUGACACAUUAAAUGAUGAAGAUCUUAUACGUUCUGAUGGUUUGAACGUUGCGCCAAGUCCAAAACACGUGUGUGCACCUGCUGGAAAGAGACAUCUGGUGGCUGUAUUUAUUUACUGGGGUUAAUAUUACCUUGCUUGGGAAAUGCUACGCUAGGGUAAGUGGGCAUGUAAUGAUUCCCCUAUGCUAGAAUUAAAGCAUUUUAAUCGAAUAUGUUUGAGAGAAACGGCCAAAAAUAGAAGAAUAAUUAGAGGCGUUCUAACAUCUUACAGGAAGAGAGGAUAAGGCGCCACUUUAUCCUCUCUUGCUUACAGAUAUUAGGUAUAAGAGUAAACAAAAAAACACAUCCUCGAUCUAAAGACAAAACACAAAGAAAAUUAAGCUUUAAAAGAAUUUAUAAUACCAGAGGGAAAACGAUUCCAAUAUUAAGAAAGGUAAGAACGGUUUUUGAAAGAAUGCUCAUUAGGUUUUUUUCUAAUUGAUAGAGAAACGGAACUAUUCCAAAAUGACGUCCGAUAAUAGUUGGGAGAACUGAUUGCCGAAAGUUUGUUCUUAAAGGGGCUGGAUAUAAGUGCUGUAGCUCAACAAUUCUAGCAUUGUAAAUAUAUUUCCCAGAUACCUAACAUAAGUCAAAGUUGGAAGAUGUCCAUAGAUAAAUUAAAGGGAAAGAGUUAAGCAAUACGGGAAAUUUCAAGAUAUCAAGUUAACUGUAAUAAAGAGAAGUAACGAAGUGGAACGUCUUUAAUAAUUAUGAUUGCCUUAUUCUACAGACUGAUACUGUUGGACAGUGCUAA